AUGCAGGUAUUAAAUAUUCACGAGCCAUUGCCUUCUAAUGAAAAAUGUCAUAAUGAAGAGAAAGAAUCUUCAAAAAUAUCUGAUUGUAUAAAUCAGAUAAAUGAUUUUGAAGAUGAUGAAAAUUCUUCACAAGGUAAUAGUCGUAGUCAUUCUGUUCGUUCUGGAUCUGGUGGAAAUGGAUCAAGUACUCCAAAUACUCCUUCAGGCAAUGGUUCAAAUGAUAAUAAUGAAACGACACAAAGUGAUCGCAGAAUGCGUCGUGAAAUUGCCAAUUGCAAUGAACGUAGGAGAAUGCAAUCUAUUAAUGAUGGAUUUCAAGCUCUACGAGCAUUACUGCCUCGAAAAUAUGGGGAAAAAAUGUCUAAAGCUUCAAUUCUUCAACAAACUGCAGAAUUAAUUCAUAAUUUACAGGCAGAAAAAGAUAGAUUAUCACAAGAAAAUGAGGCAUUAAUUCAAACUAAUGCUAAUAUUUAUAAAAAAAAAGAACAAGAUGAAAUAAGUCAUGAAGCACAUUUAUGUAAAGAACUUGAAUUGAUAAAACAAAGUCAUCAUCAAAAAGUUGCAGAAUAUGAACAAAGACUUCAAGAAAUUUUGACAAUGUAUCGAGAUGAACAAAAAUUGAGACAAUUUUUUGAACAAGAAUAUGUUGCUAAUAGAAAAUUACAUGAUACACAUCUUGCAAGAAUUCAAUUACUGCAAGAAAAAAUUCCUGGAAUUUUAGAAAGUAAUAAUAUUCAAAAUGGGCAACAACUUAUUUCACAAUUAGCUGUAACAUCAUGUUCCAAUUCAACACCUAUUGAUAUUACUCAAUCUGUUCAAAAUCAAAUUUCACAGCAUGGAAAUCUUAUUAAUUAUACAUCACAGAAUGGAAAUUAUAGAAAUGCAAUUUUUAAUAAUAUUGAUAUAAAUCAAUUAAAUCAAAUUAAUUUGCAAACAAACAAUAGUCCUAUUCAUAAUUCACCAUCAAAUUCUCUUCCUCAUUCUGAAUAUAAAUUAACUUUAUCAGAUGUUAAUAUGAUAUCUCAAAAUCAUCUUACAACAAUUCCUGCAACUCAAUCAUUAUCACUUCAAAAUGGAGCAUCUGUUACCUCAACUAGAGAUGUUAUUCAACCAGGUUCACAUCAAAAUUUGUAUGCUAUUUUAGAAGCAAUCAGACAAAUUGAAAAAAGUAAAGUGCCCGUUUCUUCAUCAUCAACAACCCCAAAUUCAUCAAAAUCUGAUGUGUUGGUUCGCUAA